AUGAGGCAGGACAACGUGCCCCCCUUCACCAGGCCAGACGGAUCCAUGGCCACGAGCAGUGAGGACAAGGCUGCUCUCCUGGCUGAGCUCUUUGCACGAAAAAUGCAAGUAGAUGACCCCUACCGCCCCCCACCCAUCCUCCCCCGGGAGUCUGACCACACCAUCACGUCGGUCUCGGUCACCGCGGCACAGGUGGAGAAAGUACUCCGGGAUGUUGAUGCGGGGAAAGCCACAGGCCCUGAUAACAUCAUCCCCAGGGUGCUAAGGAAUUGUGCCAAGGAGCUGUCCGAGCCUCUCGCCAACAUCUUUAGUGCCUGCCUCGAGGAGAAGUGGCCAGCCGCCUGGAAGGAAGUUAAUGUGGUUCCUGUCCACAAAAAAAGACUCCAGGACUGA